AUGGCGACGAUUAUCAACUCUCCCCGGGAUCCGAAUACUCUCAGCAAUUAUAAUAACUGGAUCUCGACUCACAUCACUGCAAAUUUUGACAUACUCUUUGACCAGAAGAAGUUGGCUGGAAAUGUGGUUCACCAGCUCAAAUCAAUUACAGAUGCCCAAUCCCAGGAUAUUAUCCUUGACGUCAACCAUCUCGACAUUGGCGAUGUCAAGGUCGAUGGCAAGCAAUCUCAGUGGGAACUACUCCCGCCUUUGGAAUCUUACGGCACGGCGUUGAAGAUCAAGCUUGGUCAUGCUGUGAAGCUCAACGAGACUAUCGAGGUCGAUAUCUCAGUGAAGACCACGGAGAAAUGUACAGCAUUGCAAUGGUUGACGCCUGCCCAGACCUCAAACAAAAAGUACCCUUAUAUGUUCUCUCAAUGCCAGGCUAUUCAUGCUCGCUCUAUUUUUCCGUGUCAAGAUACACCCGAUGUCAAAUCCACUCUGGAUUUCAACAUUACAUCUCCGCAUCCGGUGAUCGCGAGUGGCUUGCCGGUUCGUGAUUUACCACCGGCACUGCAGCCGGAUGGAAAGUCUCUGUAUCGCUUCCACCAGACAGUGCCAAUUCCUAGUUAUCUCUUUGCAUUGGCUAGUGGAGACAUCUCGGAAGCCACCAUUGGACCUCGGAGUGUGGUAGCAACAAGCCCUGACAAGGUCGAAGAGUGUAAGUGGGAGCUUGAAGCGGACACAGAGAAGUUUAUCAAUGCAAUUGAGAAAAUCGUCUACAAUUAUGCAUGGGGCGAGUAUAAUGUGUUGAUUCUGCCUCCAAGUUUCCCAUAUGGUGGCAUGGAAAAUCCGAUCUUUACAUUCGCCACCCCUAGCAUCAUUUCAAAGGAUCGGGAGAAUGUGGAUGUAAUCGCUCAUGAACUUGCUCAUAGCUGGAGUGGCAAUCUCGUCACCAACGCUUCAUGGGAACAUUUUUGGCUCAAUGAAGGUUGGACUACUUACCUUGAAAGAAGGAUCCUAGGUGCAGUCCAUGGGGAGCCCUAUCGUCAUUUCUCGGCCAUCAUAGGUUGGAAGGCUCUUUCGGAUUCCGUGGAGCACUUUGGACAGGACCAUGAAUUUACCAAGUUGGUCAUUGACCUGAAAGGAAAAGACCCAGACGAUGCAUUUUCAAGCAUCCCAUACGAAAAGGGCUUUAAUUUUCUCUUUCAACUCGAGACCCUUCUCGGAAAAGCCAAAUUUGACGAGUUUAUCCCCCAUUACUUUACAGUGUUUAAAGAAAAAUCUCUCGAUUCUUAUGAAUUCAAGACAACAAUCUUGGAUUUCUUCCAGUCUGACCCCGAGGCUUCCAAGUUAUUGAAUGAUCUUGACUGGGACAAAUGGUUUUAUGCGCCGGGCUUGCCUCCCAAGCCCCAUUUUGAUACAUCUCUUGUCGAUGUUGUUUAUGAGCUUGCUAGGAAAUGGCAAUCACUGCCUGAAUCCUCCUUCAAGCCACAGGCAAGCGACAUACACGGCUUGACAGCAAAUCAACUUAUAGUUUUCUUGGAGCAGGUGCUCCUUUUCGAGCAGCUUAAACCCGACCUGACGAAACUUAUGGGCGAAGUCUACGGUCUAUCCAAGAGCGAAAACAUCGAGGUUGCCAACUUAUAUUUCCAGGUCGGGCUAAAGGCCGGGGAUAAAAGCGUUUUGGAGCCAACAGCAAGCCUGCUAAGCAGAAUUGGGCGAAUGAAAUUUGUGCGACCCUUAUACCGAAAUCUCCAAAAGGUCAAUCGCACGCUUGCUAUAGAGACUUUUGAGAAGAACAGAGACUUCUAUCAUCCCAUUUGCCGUGCUAUGGUCGAGAAGGACCUGUUUGGUAAGAAAGAAAAUUAG